AAUGAAGGCAGUUUGGCAGCAAUAAUCUUGCAAACAAAUCAGGCGUGUAAUUCUCUACGUCAACUGAAAAAAGUGAACGGUUUUUACCUGGAUCCUCCGCCGAGCCGUGAUACAACCAGAACAUUUUGUUCAUUUUCAUUUGCUUAAAGAAACUUUUUGUCGUCAAGUUAGUUGUCUUUCAUUUUACGGUUCAAAACAAAAAUUAACUCAAUAAAAAUGAGAUUGGGACUUGUCACCGCCGCUGUGUUGCUGUUCGCUUGUCUUGUAGAAGCAAACAAGCAUCACAAACGAUCUUUCCCGAAAUUUGCUGUUAGGAGUGAUGAACUCCGCCGAGAAACAGAAGAGAGAGGGUACGUAAUGACGGACGCCGACAUCGGGGUGAAGCACAAGAAGCCGAAACAUGACUUGCCUGCAAGCGGUAGUGGCAGCGGUUUCGUGAAACGAGAGGAAACCGAAGAGCGAGAGGUUGAAAAGGGGGUUUCCGAACAGCUCGAGAGAAGGCGAGCCUCGCAUCGGCUGCAACAGAAGCGAGAGCAGCAGGGCGCUAGGAGGGAUUCGAACGAGAGACGACAGGUUCCCGGGAACCAGAAGAGAAUGAUGCAACCUCGCGGGUUCCACGGCCAGAACCGAAAUCAUUAAGCGAAGAAGAGAAAGAUAAACAGAACAAUGUUUACAAAUUUUUAUUAAAAAAAUCAACUAAUUUGAUAUUUCGUAAUAAUGCCAUAUGUUUAUAUUAACCAUAAGCCAAUGUUAUACUGUCAACGUGUAUAUAAUAGUGUGUACGAUUUUGUGUAAGCAGGAACAAAAAAUUACUUUCAGAAAA